GAGGAAAAAACCUGCAGUGCGCGAGGAAAGUUGCCCCUCCUGCGCCAGUGCCGCGAGCCGCGCCUUUUCCUGCCCGCCUAUAUGCUGAGAGAGGCGGUCGGCGAGGGAAAAAGAACGCGUCUUCGAGCCAUUCGCUUCGACUGUCGCUCGACGUCUUUCGCGCCAAUCUCCAGUUCGCUCGCUUGCGCAGUUCCUCAUUCUCCCUCGUUUUUUCCAUCCCCGCAGAACCGCCCCCGCGGCAUCUCCUCACGCGGUUCCGUUCCCUCGUCGCGCCUUUUGAGUUAAAAGGCCUCUCAAAAUCGAUCUUUUCCAGAGUUCGAAAAGCCAUCCUGUCUCGGUUCUUCUUCCGCGUCUGCUUGCCUGCGCUCUCCCCAGCUCACGCGAGCUCUGCAGCACAACGAGGCGACGCCAACCUUCUGAGGCUGCUUCCUCUCUGUUUCUCUCCGACGCUCCACGGCUUCGUCAGAACAUCUCUGCCGCAGUCUCUCGUUAGACUCGCGAAACAUCUCAGCCGUACUUCGCUCUCUGGCUUCGCUUCUGCUCGAGUAUAUAUGCAACCUCCCUCUGCACAGGCGCAUGCAGCUCUUCAAAUAUCCAGAUUUCUCCCGCGGCUUUCCGAUUUCCUCCUCUGGCGCGGCGGCUGUCCAUCAUCUUUCCCCUCUGUCUGGGGCAUGUUCUUCUUCCUCGUUUUUUCGUCUGGCUCCUCACCUUUGCUCUCUCGGAGACAGGCGCCCUGGUCUCUCCUUUUCAGGGCGCCUUUCGACUUCUUUUCGACAAAGUUUUCGUCGCUCUCGCCUCCCUCAGAGAACAGUCUUCUCCUACGAAGUUCCCUCCUCCUCAGCUUUCUUCUCUCGACCUCCAUCCCUCCGUUCUUCUCUUCUGCCUUUCUCUCUCGCGUCCUCUUCUCUCUGUUCUCUUCCUCGUCUCUCUUCCUCUCUUACCAGAACUGAGGUUCGUUGCCCGGCCUCCCUCACUUGUCGUCACCGAUUUCUCCU